GAUGGAGCAGCUCUUCAACUCUUCAAUCUUUCUUCUUUUAGCAGACUCCAUGGAAACAAGCUCCUCUAUGUCACAGGAAAACUGGCGAGAUUCCAAUACGAACACUGACACAAGAAUGUUGAGGGAAUCCCUUUAUAUAUGUUGAUAAAUAUCGACAGUGAUCAAACUAAUUCCUGAAUCAUUGAGGCGCCAGACGUCAUCGAUCAUUUGCGAGCGAGCCUCAAUACACGCUUGAUAAGGGACUUCCUGAAUUUCUUGACACAUACUUCAAAGCCUCGGAAUACUGUGGCCCGUAACUAUCAGACGGGGAUUUUAUUGUUUGUCUCGUGUUGUCAGCCUUUAUUUUUAUUUAUUAUAUGAUAUUAUUAUUUCUCCUCUUUUUUUAAAUUUCUACUGUGGUGUCAGUGUUGGAAAAAAUUGGCAAAAUCUCCAAUUGUAUAGCAUGAACUCCUAAAUAUGAAAAUGUAUGCUCAAUUUUAAGAGAUAAUUGGUUCAUGAAUCAAGUUUGGGUGUUGACAGAAUGCAUACAGAAGGCAUGUAACAUCCUGAAACCAUAAGAGCAGGUGUUUAUGUCAACACGACAGUUUCUUUCUUAUUAGUUCCCCUUUGACAGCAUCAAAUGAGAACAACUUGAUCACCUGAUGGUACAUCUAUUAUAAUAACUUGCUCAGUGCACAAUAUUGUCAGCAAGUUUGAAGCAUGGCACAACUCACCACCACGGUGAAUACCCUUAACUUUUCCUCCACUCCUGGAUAUUCACCCAAAAUCUCCUGGUCCGCUGGUGUGGCUCCUACGGUGGUGAUGUCCAUCUGCUUCCUGCUGGGAUUCCCUGGAAACAUUGCUGUCAUCAUUCUCAAGCCAGACUGGGAGACCAUGUCCAGUCUGAGCCAGAGUUUGAUGCUUAGUCUGGCUGUGUCAGACCUGCUCUGCAUGCUUACCAUUCCAGUGUGGAUUUACUCUUUUCUCAAUAACUGGAUGAUAAGUCUGGUGUCCUGCAAACUCAUAACAUACUUUGUGUAUUGCACCAUUUAUGGCAGCCUGCUGACUGUGACUCUGCUGAGCGUCCAGCGUUACCUUCAGGUUGUUCACCUGCAGAGAAGUUUAAAUCGGGUUGAAGCACGGAAGCUGCUGGUUCCACUCUGGCUGGCUGCAAUGAUCCUGUCCACUCCUGAGUUGGUAGUUCGAAAGCUGGUAGAACAACAACACUGGACAAAAUGCAAAAAUAAACACUCUUCUGAUGGCCAGAGGUUGGCUGUAGUGUUGACAGAGACUCUUGUAGUAUUUCUUUCACUUUCUGUCAUAAUGUUUACAUAUAUCGGUCUCUACAGAAAGGUGAAUCGGGCAGCGUUUUUCAACAAUCCACAGACCACCAGACUAAUUACCAGGAUCAUUGUGACCUCUGUUGUCCUGUGGAUGCCAUAUCUUUCUGUAAAUGUGUUGGGUGUGGCAGCUAUUUCCUUGAAAAACGGGGGACUGCUGAAGUUUUGUGAAGACAGCUGGAGCAUUGUUGGAGCACUAACAUUUAUAAAUAGUGCCCUGAAUCCACUCCUGUACGCCUUUACUUCAAUUCGUUUGACAACUCUGCGCCAAAAACUUGCUGAACAGUUAAUACAGAAGUUCAAAAAUUCCCAAAAUCUGACUCUGUCAACAGAUAUCAGUGCGGAAGCAACAUCUCAAUGUUAAAAGCUCUCAGGGGAAUUAUUUUUCCCCUUGUGACAUUGGAAAAGGCAUCUUUUGGUCAAAGGAUUUUUCUCCUGCUGUUACAUAUAGGUUGUGGUGCUCUCUAUUUGUCACAAUGAAUUGAUGAAUUUUGGUUUAAGCUUGAGAUGUGAAAAUAGAUGUUUGUUGACAAGGAAGCAGGCAAAUGUUGAAAGAAUUAAAAGACCAAUUAAAAUUAGAGGAAGUAGAGGAAGUACCUGUAUGUUCUUCCUGGUAAGAGUAGGAACACAAUGAAAAAUGACUUCACCAUAGCUGAAAAUGUUCUGUAAUAGUUUUAAUAUUUCUUAGAGAAAUGUUUGUCAGUUCUAAUGAUGUGUUUGUACGUAUCUAUGUUCCCGAGGAUUUGAUGAGAUCAGCUGGCUAACUAGAGAAUGGCCUUACUCAACAAUAAAGUAAAUUUCCCAAAUACUAUAUGUAAGUAAUAUCAUAUGUAAAUGUAGAAACAACACAAAAAUGUACUUAAAUUGUCUGCUGUAACUCUGUAUGUCAUGGUAUUAUUAAUACUGAUGCAGUAAAUGAGACUAACCUCACUUGUUGUAAUUGGUUAGUGUUGGUGUAAGUGGAACUAAUUUUGCAUUUUUUUUUACAUACUGUUGCG